AUUCUCCUCUCAAUAAUAUAAAUAUGAACUCAAACCCACCAUUUCCAUCAUCACAAAAAUUAAUCAUCAGCUCCAUAAGAAAACAAUCCUUCAACAAGCCCUAAUCAAUUAUUAACCCUAAUUCAAGAAAAUGUCUCUAAUUCCAAGUUUCUUUGGCAACCGAAGAACCAACGUCUUCGACCCAUUCUCUCUCGAUCUUUGGGACCCUUUCUUCAACUCCGGAAACUUGCCGGCCUCCGCCGUAGAGACAUCGGCUUUAGCAAAUGCGAGAGUUGACUGGAAAGAAACAGAAGAAGCUCACAUUUUCAAAGCCGACGUGCCUGGUCUCAAGAAAGAAGAAGUCAAAGUUGAAGUGGAAGAAGGUCGAGUUCUUCAGAUAAGCGGAGAAAGAAGCAAAGAAAAGGAGGAAAAGAAUGAUAAAUGGCACCGUUUUGAGAGGAGCAGCGGCAAGUUUAUGAGGAAGUUCAGGCUGCCGGAGAAUGCAAAGAUGGAUGAGGUUAAAGCUAGUAUGGAAAAUGGCGUUCUUACUGUUACUGUUCCUAAGGCAGAGCCGGAGAAGAAGCCUGAAGUUAAGUCUGUUCAGAUUUCAGGUUAAGAAUGUUGUGUUUUCUGGUUUCAUGAAAUCAAUAUGGUGUUUUGAUCUGUGUCUGUUCUCAUUUGAAAGUGUGUGUAGGGAUUAAUAUUUUGCUUAAUGUGACAGUUUUGUAAUGUAUCGACAUUGCAUUAAAUAAAAAGCGUGUUUCUUCUUUUUGAGUAA